AUGGCCGGAAUCUUUGCACGUCGCUCAGCAUUGCGCGCUGUUACCACGGCCCAGAGUUUCCGUACAGCUCCCAGGGCAGGCCGCUCGGCCCAGCUAUUGGGGCGGAGGCUGUAUUCCAGUGGGAAGAAUGACAAGGGCUAUGAGGAGCAUGCCACCAGUGAUUUGCCAUGGUUACUUGGCUCCGUUGGAGUGAGUGGUCCAAUGAUCUACUGGCUGCUGCAAGCGGGCCCGGAAAAGAAGCCUCAUGCCACGGUGAUGAGCACAAGGGGGGGGUCCGAGGAAAAAGAAUCUGCGGAGGUAGAAAACAAGGCAGAGCCUGCUGAGAAGGAGGGUGGUGAGAAGUCUGCGAAUGAGACUGAGGAGCCACCCAAGGAGGAGAGCAAGUCGACAGAAUCUACCGAUGAAACAAAGGAGCAAAAGAAGGAUGACGAGAAGCCGGAGCAGAAGGAAUCUGCUGAGAAGAAGUCGGAAGGCAAAAAGCAGGAGCCCGAGGACUCGAAGAAGGACCCCAAGAAGGAAGAGGCCUCUGAAGAAUCGAAGAAGGAGGAGUCAUCUGGAGACUCAAAGAAUGAUGAGUCCGAUGCUGCCAAGCCCUCUGAUAGUGAAGAUGCAUCAUCUUCGAAACAGGAGUCGUCGAAGACAGAAGCCAACAAGCAGUCCGAGAAGGACGAGAACAAGAGUGAAAAGGAGGAUACCAAAAAAGAGUCUUCUAAAGAAGAAAAUUAG